CUGACCUCACUCUUUCGCGAUCAGUCGGCUGGAGCAGUUGACGGCAACAACGCUAAAGCUAAUUCUCCCAUCCCGUUAACGUUUCGUCGCUGGUGCAGUAACUUGCUUGUAUCUUGUUUCGCCAUUCCCGAAACUUACUAAUUUUCAGCCACAUAUUCCUGUUGCCCAAAGGCAGAAGAAACUUCGCAUGUCCUUCCAAAAUUUGAAAACUUUUGAUCCCUUCGCUGACGCCGAUAAGGGUCCGGGAGAGGCAGUACAGGAUGGUCUAGUUCACAUUCGUAUUCAGCAGCGUAAUGGUCGUAAAACUUUAACCACUAUUCAAGGACUGUCUGCCGAAUACGAUUUGAAAAAAAUUGUUCGCCAUUGCAAGAAGGAAUUUGCUUGUAACGGCACUGUUGUAGAACACCCCGAGUAUGGUGAGGUUCUUCAGCUUCAAGGAGAUCAACGUGAAAAUAUCUGUCAGUGGUUGACAAAGACCGGUUUGGCUAAACCAGAACAGCUAAAAGUUCAUGGUUUUUGAACAUCUUGCAAGAGACACCCUACAUUUAUUUAUCAUGUCACGUGCAAACUACCCUACCAUGGCAGUUUUCAAAAUGAGGAGAAAAGAGCAAUUGAUGCUUGUGAAAAAUCCAAUUUCUCAGAUACAUUUUGUCCUAUUUUAAUUUCUGGAUAAAUAUUUGUGUGGCCAAGAUGUUUGUCAAUAAAAGCAAAAAUCUUU